AUGCCUGGCCUACUCAGUCAGUCACAAGACCCAGGAGGUUUCUUCCAGGUCAAAGGGCUGCACCCAACGUUUGGUGCAGAAGUCCACGGUGUCGACUUAGCAACGAUCUCGGAUGAAGCCUUUGCGGAAUUGCUCACUCUCAUGGCGAAGUACGGCUUCCUUGUCCUCCGAGACACGGGUCUAGACGACACAACACACGUCGAGUUUUCGCGCCGCUUCGGCGAACUUGACGACAUUCGGCCCUACAUGACCGGCGGUCGGAAACCGCGCUACGAGUACUACGAGCUCUUCGACGCAGGCAACGUUGACGCCGAUGGCAAACCGCUUGCUGUGGAUAGUCCAAGGUCUCACUACGGCAAGGGCAAUGGCUUCUUUCAUGUCGACAGCAGCUUCAAUCCUCGACGCGCCUCCUACUCUCUCCUGCGGGCGUGCCGUCUACCUCCACCAGGUACGGGCGGAAAUACCGACUUCGCGGACAGUAGGACGGCAUUCGACACUCUGCCUGACGAGCUCAAGCAGCGCUUACUAGACAACCACUAUGCUGGCUGCCAUUCAUUGCAUGCAAGUCGCAAACGCGGAUCGCCAGAGUUCUUCGCCGACCUCAAACCGGAGGACUUCCCCAUGCAUCGGCAUGCACUCGUCCAAGUACAUGAGUCAUCUGAUCGUAUGAAUCUCUACAUAGGCGCUCAUCUCCAUCAUAUUAACGGUUUGUCCGAUACCGAGAGCUGGCAGUUGAUUUGGGCACUAACUGGGUGGGCUACGCGACCGGAGAAUACGGUAAGUGUGGAGUGGGAGAAUGAAGGCGAUCUGAUCAUUUGGGAUAACCGGGCUGUUUUGCACCGUGCGGCAGGUGGCAGUUAUGAAGGUAAGUAUGCAAGAGAUCUGAGACGUACUACGGUCCAUGAUGCUUCCUCAACAGCCUGGGGGCUCAAUGAGCAAGUGGAUACACGGCCUGGGUUCAACAGUAAUGGAAAGUCGCAGACCGCUAGGGCGCUGGGGGUUUGA